CGGAUCACUUCUUCUUUUUUUUUUGUUUACGUUGUUUGGUUUUCAAAUCCACUACUUUAAGUUGUGUUGUUGAGUCUUGAGAAAGAUGUGGUGGUGUGAUAUGGAUAGCAACGCAGAGCUUCUUUUUUAUACUCUUUGAUGUUCAUAGUUGCUGCUUAAUGGUCUCAGGAGUCAAUGAACAAAAAGUAUUUUCUAGGGAUAUAAAUCUCAGCAGCUAACUGGUUGCUUGCAAAGUAGUUUUUGGCCUAUGUUAUUCUGUUAUCCAAUAUUUUAUUUUGGAUUCCACAGCAUUGUGCAGCCUUUUCUUCCCUGCGUACUUUUAUUCGUGGAGUAUGAUGAAAGGAUCUCUGCCUUGAGUAGAAAGGAUUUACACUGGUACGCCAGGGAUAAAAAAUCCGGGAGUUUGAAUGCAGAUGCCUUAAAAGAAGAGAUACAGAGAAUCAAGGAAGAGGAAGAACAGGGCAUGAGGGAGGCCCUCGGUUUAGCUCCAAAGCGCUCUAGCCGACCUCAAGGAAAUCGUCUUGAUAAACAUGAGUAUUCAGAACUUGUUAAGCGAGGUUCUACAGUAGAGGACUUGGGGGCUGGGCAUGCAGAAGCAGCACGGGUUGAUGGUCUUGGUUUCUCAAGGGCACCUCGGGCUUGGGAAGACCCGAGUACUCUUCCAUCUAUUCCCAAGGAGGCUCCACCUGAGCCAGUCAAGGUGGUUACGCGCAAUCCAUCAACAGGAAACUCUGAAGAAGAUGGAUCAGAGGAGGAUGGAAGCAGCCGGAAGAAGAGGAGGCACGAGGAGAAGAAAAAGAAACAUGAAAAGCAUGAUAGGCACGAGAAGCUCUAUCCUCACGAUCCUGACAACAAGAGGAAACGCCACAGAGACAAGGAAAGGAGGAGACACGACUCUGACUCAAACUAAAUAUCCAAUUCAUCUGGAUAUUUUAUCAUUCCUAAUAGUUCAUGAUAGAGAUGGGGCAAUUGGUUACUUUUAACUUUAGCAUUUUUGAGGUCAGCUUCAUGUAAGAUAUCAAGUGAUGUUAUUGUGUUAGAAAUGGGGCAAUUUAUUACUUUUGAAUAAGUCUCUUGUGCCCUAGAAUUCCCUCUGAGCAUGUCGAUGCUUCACUUGAUAUCUCUAUUCUUUUUUAUGAGAAUUUGGUAUGCGGAAGUUCCUUUCUAAUGGAUCUGUAUUUAGAAGAUAGUUCUGAGAUCCUGUUUGUUUAAGCAAAUAACUUUAUUUACUUUGAAUAAAAACAACAGAAGUGGGGUUUCUUCAA